AUGAAUGAAAGAAAGCCCUUUGAAGGUUUAACUUCGGCGUAUGAUAUCGUGAAUGAAGUUGAAAGAAAAAAAAGGAAAACUGAUUCAGCUGAAGAAUCGGUUAGCAAAGUAACACGUAUAGACAAGAAAGAAACUAAAGAAGACAUUCAAGGAGAUAAUGGAAAACCUUUCAGAGGAGGCAUAUCACGGUUGAGGUCUUUGGAUGCGUACUCAAGACACAAGGAAAUUAUAAAUUUGUAUUAUUUGAACAAUAAAGGAGCUUUGGAUAAGUUCAAACGGGAUACUUCAAACGACAGAACAGAUUAUGAUGUCUUAAAGGAUAAUCACAAGUUCCUUUGGGACGCUGAUGACGAGAAAAGAACAGCUACGAGUUGGGAAGCUCGUAUGGCCAAGAAGUAUUAUGACAAACUGUUCAAAGAAUACUGUAUAGUGGAUUUGACACUCUACCAGAAAAAUAAGGUCGGCAUGAGAUGGAGAGUGGAAAAAGAGGUUUUGAAUGGAAAGGGACAAUUUAUUUGUGGGAAUAAGAAGUGUGAGUCACGAGACGAUUUAACUAGUUGGGAAGUGAAUUUUGCUUAUGUCGAACAAAAAGAGCGGAAGAACGCUUUGGUGAAAGUACGACUCUGUCCAAGUUGCUCUGAAAAGCUGAACUACGGAAGCCAGAAGACCAAAUAUGUUAAGAAGAAGAAGUCCAAGCGUUCCAAAGCGCAGAGUUCAGAGUCGACAGAAGGAACAUCUCAUGUGGAGGUGAAGCAAGAAGUGGACGAUGAGCCUAAAACGUCUAAAAAUACGAAGGCCGAUGAGAUUUGGUUGAAACCAAUUGUCGCUGAAGCUGAUCGAACAGUAGAAGAUGAUAUUGAUGAUUUCCUGGAUGAUUUAUUUGAUUAA